AUGGCUCCAUCUAAAAUAUCCUUUGAUAAGGUAAAGGAUCAUUCUCACCAAGUCACCUUAGCAAAUAACUUAAAGGUUGCUCUAGCUAUUGAGUAUGCCACUAAAGAUCUUAAAUUAACCAUUGAUGAAGAAACUGAUGAAACUUUAUUAGCCGUUUCAGAUUCGUUCCAUUUAGUCGAUGCCAAUGCCAUUGUAAGAUACGCCCUAAAUGACUUCAAUGAUCAAGAUAGUGGUGAAUACGAACUCCAAUCUACCUUGUACGAAAACGAAGCCCCAGCUGAUAUCGACAACAUUGUCACUAACACUAUUUCCAAAUACUUAACAGAUAUUAAGGAACCAGUGAGUGCUACUAAGUUGAUUACUCUAGCUAAUGCCUUUGCUUUGAACUCUGAAUUGGUUAAAUCUAAAUUGACUUCUUUACCAGAAAAGAUCAAUAGCGCCAUUGAAUUGGCCACCAAGAAUACUCCACGUUCAUCCGCAGCUUUCAAAAAUACAGGUAACGUUAAUGUUCAAAAAGGGUUCCUAGUCAUCCCACAAGAUGAUGAAAUUUUACCAAAGAAGGAUGAAAGAAAUAUUUUGAUUACUUCUGCUCUACCUUACGUUAACAAUGUCCCUCAUUUGGGUAACAUUGUUGGUAGUGUCUUAUCUGCUGAUAUUUUCGCUCGUUAUUGUAAAUCUAGAAAUUACAAUACUUUAUUCAUCUGUGGUACUGAUGAAUAUGGUACCGCUACUGAAACCAAGGCUUUAGAAGAAGGUGUUUCCCCACGUGAAUUAUGUGACAAAUAUCAUAAGAUUCAUAGUGAUGUUUACAAGUGGUUCCAAAUUGGGUUUGACUACUUCGGUAGAACUACUACUGAAAAGCAAACCGAAAUUGCUCAAGAUAUCUUCACCAAAUUGGAUAAAAAUGGUUAUUUGGAAGAACAAUCAAUGAAACAAUUAUACUGCCCAGUGCAUAACUCCUACUUGGCUGAUAGAUACGUAGAAGGAGAAUGUCCAAAAUGUCAUUAUGAAGAUGCUCGUGGUGAUCAAUGUGAUAAGUGUGGUUCUUUGUUGGAUCCAUUUGAAUUGAUUAACCCUCGUUGUAAGUUAGACAAUGCCUCACCUAUUCCAAAGUUCUCAGAUCAUAUCUUCUUGUCUCUAGAUAAAUUGGAGGGUGGGAUCACUGAAUGGUUUAAGAAAUCUUCUGAAGAAGGUAAAUGGUCCAAGAACUCAAAGACUAUUACUCAAUCAUGGUUAAAGGAUGGUUUGAAACCACGUUGUAUUACCAGAGAUUUAGUUUGGGGUACUCCAGUCCCAUUAGAAAAAUAUAAGGAUAAAGUGUUAUAUGUGUGGUUUGAUGCUACCAUUGGUUACGUUUCUAUUACUGCCAACUAUACAGAGGGUUGGAAACAAUGGUGGAAGAACCCAGAAAAUGUUAAACUAUAUCAAUUCAUGGGUAAAGACAAUGUUCCUUUCCAUACUGUGGUUUUCCCAGGUUCUGAAUUGGGUACUGGUGAUGAAUGGACCAUGUUGCAUCAUUUGAACACUACUGAAUAUUUACAGUAUGAAGGUGGUAAGUUUUCCAAAAGUAGAGGUGUUGGUGUUUUCGGUAAUAAUGCUCAGGAAUCUGGUGUUUCUCCUAGUGUCUGGAGAUAUUACUUAGCUUCUGUUAGACCCGAAUCUAGUGACUCUCAUUUUUCAUGGGAUGAUUUUGUUGCUAGAAAUAAUGGUGAAUUAUUGGCUAACUUGGGUAAUUUUGUCAACAGAUUGAUUAAAUUUGUCAAUGCUAAAUAUAACGGUGUUGUUCCAAAGUAUGAUCCAAAGCAAUUGUCAAACUAUGAUAAUCUAAAGAAGACUAUUGACGACACUCUAAAGAGCUACAUUAAUGAAAUGGAAGAUGGUCAUGAAAGACGUGGUCUUGAAAUUGCUAUGGCUUUAAGUUCUCACGGUAAUCAAUUCUUGCAAGAAAACAAAUUGGAUAACGCUCUAUUUUCUCAAUCCCCAACAAAAUCAGAUGCUGUUGUUGGUGUUGGCUUGAAUAUCAUUUAUGUUGUUGCCUCUUUGAUCUACCCAUUCAUGCCAGAAACUGCUGAAAAAAUUAAUAAGAUGUUAAAUGCUCCAGCUUUGAAGAUUGAUGAUGAAUUCCAUUUGGCUCUAUUACCUGGCCAUAACAUAAAUAAGGCCGAAUACUUAUUCCAUCGUAUUGAAGACAAGCAAAUCGAACAAUGGAGGAAAAUGUAUGGUGGUAAACAAGUUUAA